UGAUUGCACGCUCCUUCUUCUCAUCACUCUUGGAUUCAUCGGAAAUGUCGUAUAAAAGUGCGAUUGGUGCAUCUGCGCCAGAGGCUAACAACAAGUAUCGCACCCAAGCACGUCAGCUUCAGGAGCUCUUCCCAAAGUGGUCCAACGACGACUUGCAGUCUCUUCUAGCUGAAGUGGGUGGCGACGUCGAAGUAGCUGCAGCGAGACUUAGCGAGGGUCAUGUUGAGCAAUGGGCUGUGUCUGGCAAAAAGGACAAAGCGCUGAAGAAACCGCAUGCAAACACCUCUAGUCACGCUUCAAAGGACUCACUCUCCUUCCCGGGCACUCGAGGAGACUUCCGAGGUGGGCGCGGUGGUGUGCGAGGCGGAAGAGGGGGAUCAACGCGCGGCGGCGUUGCACCACGAAGCCGCGGUGGCGUGCGGGGCUCCACUCCAGUCAAUGGACAUGCUCAUUCGCCUAGUUUGUCUGGCGCUGGAACGCCGAACGCAUGGGCAGAAUCCACGACCAGUUCCGCAGAAGGUGUCCCAUCUACCUCGAACUGGGCAGAGAGUACGGAAGCACCCACGAACUCGGUGACUCCCUCGACCUGGGGCGCAUCCAGUACAAACACGACUUGGGCAGCUGAGUCGGAUUCGGCUAGCCCUGCGGUGUCUGUUGCUGCCCCUGCCCCUGCUUUGAUCCCUGUCGUACCGAAAGUGUCCAAGACUCCGGCGACGUCCAAGAUGUCGUGGGCUCAAAUCGCCAGACCUCAGGAGAAACCAGCACCUUCUCCUCUCAUUCCGACUGCUAUCCCAAUUCCUGCAACAACCAUGCCCCCGUCGCCUCCCUCCGUCCCGCCUCCAGCUGAACUCGAGCCACAACCCGCUGGAUGGGAAGAACCGACUACCGUACAAUCACCUUCUUGGGAAGAAGAAGCACCGAUUAUCAAACCGUCCACUUCAGCAGCUGAUGUGUGGGGAGCCACGACCGAGCCACCCGUCGAGCCCAUAGCCGAGCCUGUGGUUGAAGUCCAGCCUGAGGAAUCUAUUCCGGAGCCUGCUGCGCCAGCAGCAGUCCCAUCGCCUGUUCCCUCUCCAGCCAUCAAGUCAUUGCGACCCGCCCCGUCGUCCCAUCGCAACAGCGCACGAUACCGGGCGAUCGACCAGGCUGUGGUAAUGCCCAGUUCCUUUGGAUCUGGCGUUGAGAAGGUCGGCAUGCAGUUCGGCAGUUUGAGUUUGGGGGGUGAUGCCUCAGACCCGACUCCGAGUCAGCGCCUGAGCCUGCUCUUGGGCAGACACCAUCAACACCGCCAUCCCAUAUAGAACCUCCAGUGGCUGCCCCCGCCAACACUUUGACGUCCGCUGCCUCGACAUCUCUAGGAUCGUCGUUGUUUCAACCAUCGGCGCCGCCGCCACAAGCAGCGCCCCAGCACAACCUGCCACCGUCUGUAUCCCAGCCGGUCAUGUCUCAACCAUCCAAGCUGGCCGACGUUCCGCCGGACUUGAACUUGUUGGCGCAACCCACGUCGUAUGGGCAACAGACAAAUGGCAACUUCGUUCCUCCCCAUCUCGCUGCUCAACAGCAGCAGCAGCAAUACGCUCAACAUGGUCUUCCGACUCACAUCGAAGGCCAGAGCCAGAGCCAGAGCCAGAGCCAGAGCCAGAACCAGACCGGAACCAGCUCCAACUACUUCCGCAACGAACAACCUGUAUCUUCCGGGUCCCCAGCAUACUUUCAUGCACCGACUCCACCCGCCGGUAAUCAGGACACCGGGUAUGGGCCAUUUGGUCAGCUCGGAGUCAGUGUUGGCCAGCAGCAACAACAUCAGCAAGGCCUCGGUGGAUUUGCUGGUCAGGAGUAUGGGCACUCGGAGGGCCAGCGUGGCUUCUACGAUGGCUACCAGAGCCCGGGAUCGUCUUUCGGGCGUGGUGUAUUAGGUCAUGACGACAUCAAAGUGUUGCCCGCUCAGCAGGGUGGCCCUACACCUGGCGCCGGAGCCCAGGGCGGUCAGCAAGGUCCUCAAGGUCCUGGUCCGCAAGGACAGCAGGGAUACCCACCGCCAAUGCAGUAUCACUAUUACCCUUACCCGGCGCAGAACCAGCCCCCUUACUACGGUGCUCCGUACAACUCCGGUUAUCCCUAUGUCAAGUAUCCCGUCUUCCCCGGACCGCCCAGCAGCGGCCCCGGUGGCCAGGCGGGAAAGCCGACGCAGCAAGCCGGUCAGAGCGGACAGUAUGGACCAGGUCAAGGCCUCUACCAGCAAGGAUAUGAUGAUUACCAACCUCAGCAGUCACUGCAGCAGCACCACAGUCUCCUCAGCCAAGGCGGCAAUGUUAACGAAUACGGCAAGCCUAUGUACGGCGGUAAUCAGAGCUUCGGAGCUUUGAGUGGUCCGCAAUCGCGCGGCGGAAAUUCUCCAGAGACAGCAUACAAGCCAUAUGGUGCGGGCAAGGACGUCGGCGUCAGCGCCAAUGCUGGUGCUGGCUCUCGAGGCGGUCAGGCUCAGCAGCAACAGCAGGGUCAGGGACAGGCCAGCCAGAGUCAGCAACAGGCCCAGCCUGGCGCCUUUUACGGGGGCGGCCGUUUUGGAUCAGGGAACAGCGCUGGAGUCGGCAGCAAUGGGCCCCAGGGCACUGCUCAUCAUAACAGCACGCACCACAAUAGUCAUAACAGUGCUCACCACAACCCGCAGGGCCACCUCGGCUAUUCCCAAGGUCAAAAUGAGUUCUACUCUUACCAGCAGGGCAGACAGUACUGGCAGUAGUUGCAUAACAUUCCUCCUUUUUCUUGCUAAUAUCUCGUGUCGUUCCUGUUACUUACAAUCUCUCACACUCAAUGUUAUUGUAACAAUUCAUCGCUUGUUCCAUUACAACUGUAACGGGUGUGGCAGUGAUUGUCGUUACCACUGUUUGGUUGUCUUCCGCUGCAGUUAUGGCCACCACCUACAAACGAGGCCGUCCUCCGAACUUGACAAUCCAGGCAGCGCCCCGGGCCUCCAACGUCGAGCUUGAGGAGGAAUCUCCAAUGCCACUUGAAGAAGACGAAGGUCUAGAUUUGGCCAACGAUUUCGACUCACCCCUCUCGGACGAAGGCGAUAUCACUCGCUCACUCGAACGCCUCGAACAGCUCAGACAGAAUGUUCAACAAAAUCUCCGCCUGCGGCCUAUCAAAUCGUCGGGAUCCUUGCCGAAAGUACAAUUGGGGGACUCGUCUCCUUGGGACUCAACAUCCAGUCCUGGAUCGAGUCUCUCGGCAUACUUCACAGCGCAGGGAGAUACGCCUGUCAGCGCCAGAUUUCUCGGCGCGACUGUAACAAAAUCUGCCGGCCGACCGCCGCCGCCGAAGGAACCACUCACUCACCCUCAGUCGAUUGAUGCGGAAUUGUUGUACCAGCGCGUGCGUGCGCCCCGUCGACCGCUGCUCAUCGACACGCGCCCACCUGCCUCGCACCUGGCGUUCCACAUUCGGCAUAGCAUCAACCUUGCCAUCCCGUCUCUCAUUCUCAAGCGGUCGAAGAAGACGCCAUUCCAGUCUCUCGAUACUCUGCGACAGUACGUGACGAGCGAAGCUGGAAAAAGAGACUGGGAUGGCUUAAUGAACCCGGGUGGACCCUGGGACGGAGAUGUAGUCGUAUACGGGGAGGAGGAGGAUGUGUCCUUGUUUCCUGUUCUUGCCCCUUUGCUCACGUACGGGACUGCAUAUCAUCUCAGAGGCGGGAUAUCGACUGCUGGGCAUAAUCCGGAUCUGGAGACCCUGAUUAUAGCAGGUGGUGAAGCGGAACACACCGGAAGUGGUCUCUUCCAACUCGAUACCCAAGCUGCACUCCGAUCCAAACUGUUACCCGAAAUCGAUAGCCGGUCGUCAUUGGAGAUCAAUCCCAGUCUCUCAUCAACGCUCACCGCCAGUACCGCAGCAAAAUCUCAGCCACCCAGAUCGCCGCUUCCAUUGAUGUCAAGCAUGAUGCCCCCAAAUCCUCUUAACAUUGUUGACGCGGCACCGUCCCCACCUCCUUCUCACGCCGGUUUCAGGAAACCACUCCCUCCGGCGAGAAGACCGUCUGCACCCAACUUGCGUAAAUUGGAUACCAAAUCUGCGGAACGACUGAAACUCUCAGUUCGGACUGUGCCAUUGAAGUCGGCAAGCAUGAGUCUCAUACCAGCAACCCGCAGUGGAUCCUCCUCUCCUCCGACGCCCUGGACCUUAUCAUCACCUCUCUCUGGGACUGACGAGUUCCCUACCGCAUACUUUACCCCGCCGCACACACCUGGUACACCUCGUGGCGGUCCAAGUGGCUUCCAUUUCGGACGGGAUCCGCCCCCCACAGCGCGUCCUGAUGACCCGCCAACAACAGAAGAACCGUUCCCCGAAUUCACCGUUAGCACGAUCCUGCCUGGAUUCCUGUUCCUAGGCCCGGAACUGACUGCGGCCGAACAUGUGUCCGAACUACGGAAUCUGGGUGUACAGCGCAUCCUCAACAUCGCGGCAGAGUGCGAUGAUGAUCAAGGACUGCAUCUUCGAACUGUGUUCAAGUACGUCAAGAUUCCGAUGAGGGAUACCGUGGAAGAGGAGAACAUCGCCAGGGGUGUCAGACAAGUCUGCGAAAUUCUCGAUGACGCACGAUUGCAUUCUGCACCCACCUACGUUCACUGCAAGGCUGGAAAAAGCCGGUCGGUCACGGCGGUCAUGGCCUACCUCAUUCACGCAAACCACUGGACUCUUUCCCAGGCGUAUGCAUUUGUGCUAGAGCGACGGAAGGGCAUCUCUCCCAAUAUCGGGUUUGUGAGCGAACUGAUGACAUUUGAAGAGGAGGAGCUGGGGGGAAAGAGCAUUGGCGUCCAGCCAGCCUCAGCCAAUGAGGACUCCAACAACCAUGGCGCUGGCGCGGGUCAUUCACACAACGCCAGCUACAGUGUUGUUAGCAAUGGCCGACGCGGUGGACACAUCCGGGAGAGUUUACCACCGGCAUUUGCACAGACACAAUCAUAUUCUGUGGCACCAGAGCCCCAAGGACCGGAAGGUGUCAACUCACAUGUCGGACAGGACGUCGAAGUCCGUGAUGCCGCUGGCCGCUAUAGACACAUGAGGAGAGCCCCCGUCGAUGAGAAUACUCUCCAACCAAUGCGCCGAGUCAGUAAAGCGGGUCUCGAAAGCUCCGCCUAUUCAUGACGCUGCAGUACUGGCGUAUAGCUACUGUCGUAUAUCUACAUCGCGCAGGCGCGUGGCCUGCAUUUCCUUACGAAUUGGGUAUCAUGUAAUGUUCUUUCAUAUGGGUCAUGUCUGCAUGCCGAGUGUGAUCACGAAAAUGAAACAUCGAGUAAUUGGAAAACAGCGCGGGACAGCAAAA